CCUGUCAGUCACACACACACACACGCACGCACACACUCACAGCAGGUGUCAGUGAGCAGGAGCAGAGCGGCACCUCAGCAGGACCUCAGCCCGGAAGGAGAGCAGCCUCAGCAGCAGCACCAGCACCACAACGCUACCCUUGUACAAAAUGAAAGGAAGAUACAAAAGAAAGGACCAGAAAGACAGAAGUGUUGUGACAGCGGACGUCGUCGCUGGGUUCUCUCUUCUCCCUGGAGAAAUAGCCGCGGGCUUGUCCGAACCUGAUACACCUGACGCCCGUUACACUGUACAGGACGAACACGGGAGUAAAAGAGGUGCUAAAAGAUCUAUCUACGCCAGUGAAAAGGUUUACCUUGGAGUACGUGUCAAAAUGCCAGUGAGGGACCUACUGAGACAAAAGCGUAUAGCUCAAGGCUGGGAACCUCAAGAUCUUCAGGAGACAUGCAGCAAGAGAGUCAAAGGAGAAAAGAAACGAGUCAGCACUCGUACAGGAUGCCAGACCACCAAGAGAAAACUUCCUACAAAAAGCCUGGAGGAGCUGGCAAUCAUCGUCGAAGUGUUGGAAGAGGAUCUACGGACCGGCCAUACCUCCCGCUCCCCUUCACAAUUCCUGUCCUCUGAAUAUGCAGUGUCCCCUGAGCAGUCACCAACUGGGUACAACAGCGAUGAAUCCGAUGAAAUGAUCCCCAGCCCGCAGGCGUACAUGACAUACUCAUUCGGCACAGCCGAGUACCACCAGGUCCCAUCUCCUCCUGGCUUCAUGUACACCAGCCUCCAGCCUUCCACAGCUGCAGGAAUGGAACACUGUGGACGAGGAGGAGGGGAGGAGGGGUUUGAGCCCCAGAGCCACAGCUGGAACCUGAACAGCUCUGAGUUCUUCUGGACCCAGCUUCAGAGAGAGGAGAUCCGGUUGAGGGACAUUUCUGAUGCAGCACUGUUGGCAGCAGAUGAGCAUGGCAGAACACCUCUCCUUACAGUGGCAUGUGUGGGAAAGAGAGCACUGGGCUACGCCAUAGCUAAAAGAAUGGCCGCACUCAACAGCCUGGACCUUAAAGAUUCUGAUGGAAUGACGGCCCUCCUUCAUGCAGCAAAUCACAAUCAUCACCUCAUGGUGGCCGAUCUGAUCCGUUUGGGGGCCAACGUGAAUGAGACCAACAACUCAGGAAAGUCCUGCCUCCACCUCAGCGCUGAGAAAGGCUAUAUCCGAGUCCUGGAGGUUCUGAAACACACAAUGAUGGAUGGUGUGUAUGUUGACGUUGAAGCCACCGAUAACUGUGGAAUGAGCGUCCUUCAGUGUGCUUCGCUGGCCCUGAAGGCCACAAUGUGUGAGCUGGAAAACAGUAAAUCCCCCAGUCACAGCAGACUCCACACACUCCGCCAAGAGCAGAUGAUGGAGACCCUGGAGUGUCUGCUGCACAUGGGCAGCUACCCUCAUACUAUGGGAAGCUGGAGCAUGCAACCUCGACUCAGCUGACCAUGCAUCACACCUGCCCGGCAGGGCACUUUGGAGACCCCAACAGUAAUGUUCUGAUUUGGUUCAGGCUUGAAUUCAUCAUGGAGAGACCCCAAAUAUUGAGGUUCUUUUCUGUGUUCAGGCCUGUUGUGUAAAGCAUCUGGUGUUUUGUGUGUGUUAAAAAAACCUGACUUGCAACCAGGUAUUUUUUUUAAAACAUGCACAGGAACAUUAGGUGCCCAUUAGCUGGUUUCUAUGAAACUUCCAUUGUUUGUUACAUUGUGUAACAAGUUGUCCUCAACUAGAGUGUCUGUGGUGAUCCACUCGUAAAAUCCUAUGAGAAUAAUUGAAGAUGUAACAAAAUCAGCUUCUGUUUCACACUGGUGUAACAGUAGUAGUAUUUAAGCAUCAGCCUUAAAUCAUUUAAAGCUGGGAGUAGUUUUAAUUAUGUCAAGACGCAGUUAAUAGAUUUGUCAAUAAAGAUAAUUCUCUUGCGUGAAAUGGAUACUAGCGCUAUAAUUUAUAUAUAUUUGUACUAAAAGAGAUUUAGAGAGAAAGAUUGUAGUUAUUGGAUCCUUUAAUAGACUCUAGAGGACAUGAUAAGUUUGAGUUUUGUACGGUGAUGAGGGGUGAAUAUUUAGUUCAUUUGACUCAGCCCAUUUGUGUGUGCAUGGAAAUUAGUUUUUGUUUAUGCAUGUCCAACAUCCUAAAGAAUCAGUGAUAAUAAAUACUGAGGCAGUUUGGGAACAAUUGGAGACCCUGUCCAUUAUUAGUAUGUUUCCUAAUAAAGUGUUCAGUGAGUAUUUAGUACACUACAGUGUGAAAUGUGUGAAAAACAUGGGACAUUUUGUUUGCUUUCUUACUGGGAAAUGGAGGGUCACGCCACUUUAUUCUCUGUGUUUAUUCUCUUCGGCCUAGCCUUAGCAUAGCCAGCAUGCAUGGUACUGGACGACUGGAAAAGUCACAGAACCGUGUUCACAGAAGCUGUUGCCCAGUCAUGAUGUCCUCAUUGUGAGUUUGUCAGUUGCCGUGACGAGCAAAACUGUUGUUUUCGGUGUCCUGAAUCAUUAGAAUCAGUUCAUUAGAAAGAUUUGUUCACCGAACUGUUCAGUACUGCACGACCGGCGCAAAGUCUCUGUCUGACACUGAACUGAAAUACAAGUGAAAUACGGCUGAUACGACACCAUCGCCGGCUUUCAGCAGUGCUGUCGCUAAAUACACCACACAUAACGAGUAUUGAUGUCAAUCGAUAUUGGCAAUAUUGUGUUUUGCCUUUAUUUUUAUAUAAUAUAAUUACAUUUAUGAUUUACAAAUUUACAGUGAACAUUUAAAUGCAUAUUGAGAUAUCACUAGAAUUAGAUUUUAAGAAGCACCAGACACUUUCUUUGGUGUUUGUUUACAUUGUGUUGAGUUUAUGCUAAGCUAGGUGAAACACACGUUGACCAAAACUGAUGUGACUCUCUGCUCGUGUGGAGAAAUAUCAUUGUAUUCCAUUAAAGUCAGGGUUUGGGGACAUUGUUGUUUUAAGUUCAUGUACAUGUCUGAAGAUGUUACUGAAACAUUAUGACCACCCCUGUGUUGUGUACGCUGUGUUCUCGUGCCACACAAAUAGGCUCUUGGUAACUCAUUAUCUGGUGGAAACAGGGCUUAAGAUGUUCAAACAUCUCACAGAUUUUGACAUAAAAGUUUUACUAGUCAGUGUGAGUUAGUGGUCAUAAUGUUUCAGCUGGUCAUUUUUAAGUAAUUCAUCAGGUCUUUUUGUGAAAUGUAGCGCUUGAGUUUGAUUUCAAUCAGUUGUUUGUUUGUUUUUUUUAAAACAGAUGAAUCAUUUUCGUGCUUUUAUGUUGACAUUGUCAUCAUUAGCAUCAUAUUCUGGGUUGAACUUUAUCAUCAAAGAUGCUAAGAGCUUCUAAUAUGACACAGAUAUCAAGAGUACUUUAUUUACUGCUGAUCAAAGUGUGUGCAUUUUGAAACGACAAUAGCUAAUAUGAAAUGUACUGAUCUAUUGUUUCCAUAGUUGAUCUGUGGUUGACAUUCUACUACAGAUCGACUAACCCUAUGCCAGUUAAAGGGUCAACGGGAGUCAUUGUUACACUUAUAUGUUUGUUGUGUGUAUUCUACAAUACAUAUUUUUGUAUACAUCA